AUGGCUAACGACGAAUAUGAUUUUCUUUUCAAAGUCGUCCUUAUUGGAGACUCCGGUGUCGGUAAAUCCAACCUUUUGAGCCGAUUCACUCGCAAUGAGUUCAACCUAGACUCCAAGUCGACCAUUGGUGUCGAAUUCGCAACACGGUCGAUCCAAGUCGACUCGAAAACAAUCAAAGCUCAGAUCUGGGAUACCGCCGGACAAGAGCGUUACCGUGCCAUCACCUCCGCCUACUACCGUGGUGCUGUCGGAGCUCUGCUCGUUUACGAUAUUAGCAAACAUCAGACUUAUGACAAUGUGACUCGGUGGUUGAAGGAGUUGCGCGAUCAUGCGGACUCCAACAUUGUUAUUAUGUUGGUCGGAAAUAAGAGUGAUUUGAGACAUUUGCGUGCCGUGCCCACGGAGGACGCCAAGCAAUUUGCCAGCGAAAACAAUUUGUCUUUUAUUGAAACCUCUGCUCUCGAUGCCAGCAACGUCGAGCUUGCUUUCCAGAACAUCCUGACAGAAAUCUACCGCAUCGUAUCCAGCAAGGCCUUGGACCAGGGAGAGGGUGGCCAGAAUCCCCUCGGCGAACGCCGCCAAGUCGUCGAAAUAAGCAAGACUCAGGACACAGAGACCAAGCAGGGAUGCUGUUAA